AUGGAGCAAAAUUUGAUGAGUUGUUCUCAUAGAGGAUGGGGAAAACAUGAUUGCAGUCAUGACCAAGACUCUGGAGUAGAAUGUGUUUCAGCAGGCAUUUUGAAUAUUCCAGCUGAUAUAACGCUGCGAUUACAAGGAUCUUUAAGUAAAAAUGGAACAGGACGUGUUGAAGUGUUCUUCAAUGGACAAUGGGGAACAAUCUGUGAUGAUGGAUGGGAUUUCAAAGACGCUAGAGUUGUUUGUCGUCAACUUGGUUAUCAAGAUGCUGUUAGAGCUCUUUACGGAGGUCAGGUUCCUCAUGGUUCUGGACGGAUAUGGUUAGCCCAGGUUGGAUGCAAAGGAAUGGAGCAAAAUUUGAUGAGUUGUUCUCAUAGAGGAUGGGGAAAACAUGAUUGCAGUCAUGACCAAGACUCUGGAGUAGAAUGUGUUUCAGCAGGCAUUUUGAAUAUUCCAGCUGAUAUAACGCUGCGAUUACAAGGAUCUUUAAGUAAAAAUGGAACAGGACGUGUUGAAGUGUUCUUCAAUGGACAAUGGGGAACAAUCUGUGAUGAUGGAUGGGAUUUUAAAGAUGCUAGAGUUGUUUGUCGUCAACUUGGUUAUCAAGAUGCUGUUAGAGCUCUUCAGGGAGGUCAGGUUCCUGAUGGUUCUGGACGGAUUUGGUUAGACGAUGUUCAAUGCAAAGGAACGGAGCAAAAUUUGACAAGUUGUUUUCAUAGAGGAUGGGGAAAACAUGAUUGCAGUCAUGGCCAAGACGCUGGAGUAGAAUGUGUUUCAACAGGUAAAGAUAAAAAAAUAAGGUUGCUCUCUUAG